CAUACAACCACAGCUCGUCGACGACCUCGCAACUACUCGGAUAGCUUUGCAACUACUCGAAAUGCUUUUAUGAUUAGGAACUUUGUCCACGAUUGUCGAUUUUCGUUGUUUUUCAUAGCUCGACGCGCAUUGUUUUGAUUCGACAUAAUGGCGACAGCUCGAGCAAACCCGCGACUACAGGUCGGAUCAGCAUCAUGGAUAGCAGAAGAAAGAGCUACUGCAUUGCAGUUCGCAGGAGAAGAGACCGAAGAGUUUACAUUCUCUGCGCGAAACGAUUUGGACUGGCUCAAUGAACAUAUGGCUGAGAUAUUCAGCAAGAAUCAAGUAAAUGUGGCAGAUAUCUUCAAGACACCUGGCAAGCUACGAGGAAAGACACCAAGAACCGCACGAAAAGGGAAUCCGUUAGAAGCUCGCGCUCCAUUGACAGACAUCUUCUCCGCGAUAAACCAAGGAACCGCCAGCCCAUUCAAACAGUCACACUUCCCGAAACCAGUCGCGACUUUCACAGUAGCUGAAGAUGAACGAGAUCAGAUAGAAGUAGAGGCGGGGCCAAGUUCGCCAGAAGUACAACAUAAAUCACCACUCAAGCUUCCACAAAACUUUGUUGAUUCUGGAUAUCAUGGGAGUCAGCCAGAAAUAGCGACACAGGCUACUCAAGCUACACAACUAAACGAUCCAGCAGUAUAUCAACAGACACCGAGUGCCUCACCCGAACGGGCUUUCACGCUGGCCUCGCCGGACGGUGAUGAAAAUGUAGUCAUUCUAGGCCGCGAUUCCGAUGCACGACGCACAACAGAGGAAUCCUUUCAGUCUGCGAAAGAAGAACAAACUCGAAAUGUCGCGACUGUCCGUCAAGAAAAGGCGGAGGAAAUGGAAGUGGACGGAGAGAACAUAGCACCAGAACCAGUCUCAUAUCCGGUUCUCGAGUCUCCAGUCCAAGAGCGACACGAACAUCCAGAAUCUCCAGCGAAGCGAUCAUCUCCCCGACGACCAUCUCCAGCCAAGCAGUCGCCAGUGAGAACCUCGCCAGUAAAGUCUUCACCUAAAAAGGCAUCACCAUCCAAGUCUUCACCAGCAAAGCAAGUGGAUGCUCUGGUCGAGGAUCCUGCAUCCGAAGCGGAGGACGAACAUAUACAGGAUGUGCAAUCCCCAUCAGAUGGGUCUCCAAGCCCAAUCAGACCAAUUGUCCGAAAAAGCAGUCUGAACUUUGCUUCUCUCCCUGCUCGUGAGCCUAUAACUACGAAGAAGAGUAUUGGUAACCGAGUAUCUCGUACGAGUCAACUGGAACAACCUAGGACCAGCUAUUAUGGCCGACAGACAGGCGGAAAGAGCUUGGGUAAUGUGAGGCAAGAUGAACAUGAUCAUGAUGAAAUGGACCUUGAUCGAGCGGAUGAUGAAGAAGGAACUGAGGAUGAUACUGAUUCCAAGAUGAAGCGUCUCCACAACAAAACCUCUACUCAGCGUCUCCAGGAUCAGAUAAGCAUGCUUGGCCAAUCUCAGUCUAACAUGCGAUCCUCAAAGUCUAUCCCCAAUACCACAGUCCAACCACCAGCUGCCCAAUUCAGCCAAGCCCCUGCGAUGCCAGAAACUCAGAGAGGAAAGUCCCCCGUUCGGAACUCGAAACCUCCACCUGGAGCGUUCCCUGAUGAUGAAGAGGACAGCUGGAUUGGACCCCCACCUGCGGCUGUUGCUGAACCAUCGAUUUUCAGUCCUCGGCCACAACUGCCGAAAAGCCAUACUACGGAUGUCAUGGAGGAAAUUCAUGGGAAAGACAGCAUUGGUGGAUCCCAGUUCAACAUUCCCAAGCGUAGAGACCAAACACGACAUAUGUCCCCUGUUCGUGAGCCUGUCAUUCCCGAGCGAACAACGAGCACUCUCGGUCACGUCAAAUCCGUCUCUACAUCGGUCCUCAGAUCGCCCAAGAAGUCGGGCGACUCUCCAGGUCAGAUGAAACCCAUCUCGGUGUCUAAUCCUACUCCAUCAAUAGCCUCAAACGAUCCUGAUGCGUCUACAACGCCUCCGAAAUCACCUUCAAGGAGCUACAAAGGCAGUCCUUUGAAGGCAGCCAAGGAUAAGUUCUCAUCAAUUCUAAAGACAUCAAGAGGUCUGUUUGCAAGCAGUGCCGCAGUGAGUGCUGAAGCCAAGUCGUCAGCACUUUCUCCUGUGUCACGGACUGGUCUCAAAAAUGCGCCAUCUUUCGAGGAUGUCAUGUCAGAAGCGAAUAACAAGAGUCCGACCAGUUCUCAUGCUCCUACCAAUAAAAGUCAGAUGUCACUAAGGCUUCCAGACAGCCCAUUCAAACAUAGUGCACGCAAGACACGAGCAUCAACGGAACGAGAGGAAAAGAAGAAAGAAGAAUCCGCAAGGCUCGCGAAGGAGGCGAAGGAGGCAAAAGAAGCACAAAAGCAAGCCGAUCAAUUGGAGAAAGCACGUAUGAAGGUCAGAGAAGAGGCUCGAGUUUACCACAUAGAACAAGAAAGAGUUGCUGCCAUGCAGAAAGAAGUUGCAGCCCGAAAGGAGCAAGAAAAGCAAGCGAAGGCCAGCCAAGUUGAUAUUCCCCGAGCAACUAGAACUAGCCCGCGAAAGACCAAAGCACAAUUGGAGGCAGAAGGCAUUGCCGCUGCCGCUUCUAGUACUCACGAGCUUGCACAUACCGAAGUAGAGAUGUCCGAAGCUUCUAUAGCCAUGCCCCCACCAGCUAUUCCCCGGCCGAAGUCUCAGAUCGGACGACCAGGACCAAAACGACCAUUGAAGCCUGCAAAGGAGGCUGCUACCAAAGUGAAGCCCCCUACUGUCAUCCGGGUUGAUACUGGUUCUCAACGAGGCCACCACAAUCACCCUUCCAAUGUUGCGUUGUCGGCCUCCCUGCAAGAUUCUCUGGCUUCACAUCAAUCCGCACCUACGCAAGGGCUGAGACACAAAGCUAGCACGAGCUCUAUACAAAGCAAAGCUUCGACAAGUAGCUUCAAAUCGGCUGCUAGCAAAGCGUUGGAAGCUGCAGCCAGGAAGAAGGAACAAGAUGAACUUGCAGCACAACGAAAGCGUGAAGCCAAGUUGGAAAUCGAACGCCAACGCGCUGCUAACAAGGAAGAAGAGCGCCGCAAGGAAGAGCUGCAACGAAAGCAGGAAUUGGAACGCCAGCGAGAAGUUCAAAAGGAGCGUGAACGUGCAGUCAGUGCAGCAGAUGCCAAGAAAGCGGCAUCCCGCCAAGCAGCGGAGAAGAGGAGACUGGAAAUGGAGAAGGCCAAAGAAACAAGAGCUCCUCCACCAGCUGUUCGACCUCAGCCAAGUGUUGAUCUCGGAAGCUCUAUGUUGCAGGAAAAGGCCCUACCUCCUGUGCCACCACAACGAGGGGACUUCGGCCAGUCGAAGGCAUCUCGAGUGAACCCUGCCACGCAACGACCACAAGAAGAUAUGAGUCGUUCGGUAAAUUCGACGCUUCACAGCACUGCAAAAGUCCCACCUAAGCGACCACUACCUCAAGAUAACGAGGAUCAUCACGUCCGGCCAGCACUUCAACGAAUUGGGCCUUCAUAUCAACAGGAGCACCAGUCCAAGCGCCGCAGGACAAGCGAGGACUUUGAUGAUGAUGAGGACAUGACAGAGGAUCAUCCCAAGAUGACUGCCCCUCCUAUUCGUCAAUCAAGCAUUCGCCAAAAGGAUAUACCAACCAAGUCUCUGUUCCCCAGUGGUUAUGCAAAUGCUCCUCCCCCAGGCAAUUUGCAGAGAUCCACACUCAUCGCACAACAUAACUUGAACCAGUCGAAACCUGCACACCCCAUGGAUAUGGCUCAGGUCUCGAAGGCUCCGAUUCCAUUCGCAUCUAGCUCUAGUCAAGCCAACCACAAGACGCCAGCACGUCCUGGUGCGCAGAAUGGCACUGGGAAGUCUGCGGCGAAAUCAGCAGCCAAAUCCUCACCCCGUUACCAAAAUGGAGAGAAUAUUGUCUUACCUGAUAUUCUCACAGACUCAGAAGAUGAAGAUGGUGAGAAGGAUGACUUCGUUCCGGCAGAUUGGACGAACUCACCAGAUCUUCGUAGAAGACUUGUUGAGCAAGAAAGAAUGGAUCCUUCAGCUGUCUUUGGACAGCCAGGUCCGCUCAAUAUGGAAGAGGUGUUUAGUAAGAGCAAGGAUCGAUUCCAUAAGUUCCGUGCUCGUACUUCGAGCGCCAACUGGUCUGGUACGGAUAGAUUGACAGAAGAUGAGAUUCGCAAGGAUCUCCAAGCGAGAGAUCAGGUCCGACGACAAGGUGGAUGGACGUAUGAUUCUAUGGUAUAAGAAUGUUUAUGAAUACAAAUGGACACGGGGUAUGAUAUGGAUGGGUGAAGGGAAGGGGUGGUGGUGGUGCGGUAUAAAGACUCUUUUUGGCAUUGUAGUUCUUUGUUUUGAUAGAUGCGGGCUUGCAUCAGAAACACGGUGUUAUGGAGUAUCAAUAGGCGUUGAGCAUCGCUGGUUUGGAGUUAAGAUAAUGGAU